GCUUACGCUUCCCCUCUCUAUGUGAAUCUUUAUAAUACAUUCACUUAGAUACUUCAAUAUUAGGUUAUGAAUGCGCUCAUUUUCCAUUGUGAAGGGUGACUUUGAGCCUCAUCAGUGAGAGGAUCUUGGCUGGUCAGCACUCUAAUCCACUAUUUAUCGGGGCCGUAGCGCUAUGGCGCCCCAGUCAGCAAGCCACGAAGUGUCAAACACAGAAAAGGUACCGAGUCGCGUACCAGCGAGCAAGUCGGUCGACCCAGCUCUUGAUGAGAAAUCCGAAUCGGCAGGGGAGACACUUCCAGGGUGGACAAUUAUGAGACCUCUGAGGAUGAGGGGUCUCAAGCAUAAAGGCAAAGGGGAUGCGGCUACUUCUGCCAACGGCAGCUCGCAUGUAAGCUCGAAUGGGAACCGCGUCGGGAGCGUCGAUAGCAAAGGUAACGACGAACUCAAGGUCACAUCUACCAAUGAUACUGGCGACCCUGGCGAGAUUGGGGAGGUAGAAGCCUUGCAUGAAGUCCGCAGCGACGACGAGCUGCUUGGCCCCGAGGACGAUGGAUCUUCCCCACAGCGUGUCGCUGCAGACCGUGGAUUGGAGAGCAAUGGCGCGAACCAAGCGGAUGGAACCUCGACCGGGCGUGUAUACAAGGUUUACAAGAGAAGAUGGUUCGGAUUGGUACAGCUGGUGUUACUGAACAUCAUCGUCAGCUGGGAUUGGCUCUCCUUCUCUGCAAACUCAACUACUACCUCACAAUACUACAAUGUUACGCCGUCAACCGUCAAUUGGCUCAGCACUGCCUUUCUGUUCGCAUUUGUAGCUGCUUCGCCCGUGGUGAUUUACACACUUCACCAUGGGGGCCCAAAGCCUUCUAUCAUCGCAGCCUCGGUGCUCAUUCUGUUGGGUAAUUGGAUAAGGUACGGGGCUACGAGAUCUGGUGAACAUGGAAACUUUGGAGGAGUGAUGUUUGGACAGAUCUUGACUGGGCUGGCUCAGCCUUUCGUCCUUUCAGCCCCCACCAGAUACUCGGAUCUGUGGUUUACCAACCGUGGAAGAAUUGCUGCAACAGCUAUCAUGAGCUUGGCCAAUCCAUUCGGAGGAGCUCUAGCUCAGCUUAUUGAUCCCUCUUGGGCCAAUAGUGCUUCUGAUAUCCCGAACAUGGUUCUGUACAUUGCAAUUAUUUCAUCUGUUGCAACGAUCCCGUCAUUCUUCAUCCCGGCUCACCCUCCAACUCCGCCCUCGCCGACUGGGCAUGAUGAGAAGCAGCCUCUUGUGCCAUCAUUGAAGUUCCUGUUUACCUCACCAGAAUUCUACAUGAUCAUGAUCCCAUUCACUAUCUACGUUGGUCUUUUCAACAGUAUCUCGUCUCUCAUCAACCAGAUCCUCCAGCCUUACUCGUUCUCCGAGAACGACGCCGGAAUCGCUGGAGCAUUACUUAUUGUGGUUGGGCUGGUAACUUCUGCUGUCACAUCACCCAUCAUCGACAAGACGAAGACAUUCCUCCUUGCCAUUAAAUUACAAGUACCCAUUAUUGGUAUCUGCUACCUGGCAUUUACCUGGGCUCCUCAAACUAGAAAUCUUGCAGCUCCAUACGCCAUCCUAUCCAUCCUUGGCGCAGCAUCUUUCAGUUUGGUACCUGUAGUCCUCGAGUAUCUCAUUGAGAUUACACAUCCAGUCUCUCCCGAGGUCACCAGUACAAUUUGCUGGACAGGCGGCCAACUCUUUGGUGGUAUCUUCAUUAUCAUUUCGGACGCACUGCGUGCUAGUGGGCCCAAUGACGGAACAGCCGAUAAUCAUACCACUCGACCGCCUGGAAAUAUGUACAAACCUCUGAUAUUUCAGACGGUCAUUGCGCUGGUCGUCGUACCCCUGCCACUCAUGCUUGGGUUGUUCGGUAGACGGAAGCAUACCCGAAUGCGCAGAGUUGAAGCAGAUAAGGAACGUACAGCAAGUAGAGACGCUGAGAAUGGUGGUGUGCUUGCCAUUUAGUAAUUGUUGCCUUUCAAUCCGAACAUAUUGGUCACUUAUCAUUGACGAAAACCUCUUCUGCAC